AGUUCUCAUGUCUCUCCAGGUGCAGGUGUCCGACGGCUGCGCAGUUGACUCCGUACACGUUUACUGCAAUAACCACAUUGUAACAAACAAACGGCUAGAAUCGAAAUACUUACCUUUUCGUAAGAGUUACAGUAAGGGGACGACAUGUGCUCCUUUCUUGUCGCCUUUAUUUUGGUGACCUCGUCUUCGUGGAUCAACUCUGUCGUCUCGCUCGCUUGUGUUGAUGAGGACCAUUUUGAAGAAGACGUACUCUAUGCGGGGCAGCAGGAUCCGCCAUACCGGCUCAACUGCUCCUUGGGGUCAAUUCCUCACGUCCAGGGUGACCCCCGGCCUCAGCUCACUUGGCUGAAAGACUGUCAGCUGUUUGGUGCCCAGCAGGGCAAUUACUACCUUGAGUUUGCAAACAUCUCUGUUGACGCUGGAGGGAACUACACCUGUUUGCAGCCCGGCAACAACACUGCUUCAUUCACUGUGCGCCUCGUAGUUAAAGCAUCCAAGUGCUCCAUGGGUCCAGAGUUCUCAUCGAAUGAAGUUCUGAGAACCACCUGGGGGAAGGUGGGAUCCAUCGUCUAUCUGAAUUGCACCGUCCUGCUUUCCUGGGACCCGACUCACAAGCGAUGCGACGCCUCGCUGCGGUGGACAAAAGAUGGCCAUCCCCUGAGCAAUGGCUCGCUGCUUUUGCAAAACACGUCUUCAUGGUUUCAAGCUGGAGAUCAGCUGGUGGUGAGCAGUGUGCUGGCAGUCCAUCUUCACGAGUUGGAAGACUUUGGACUGUACAGCUGCACAGUGAGGAACUCUUCGUCUGACUUCAACCUGCAGAAAUCAAACAGCCCAAGCCACACUGCUGCCGUCACUGCAGCCUUUGUCGUCCUCCUCCUGCUGGCUGUCGCUGCUGUCAUCUACUCCAAGUGCCACCUGAACAUCAAACUGUGGUAUCGCGACUCUUACGGAGACUACGAGAUGGGCGACGGAAAGUUGUACGACGCCUACAUCUCCUACGUGAACAAUGAUUACGACAGGAAGUUUGUCAACUUUAUUCUCAAACCUCACCUGGAGAAUAAACAUGCAUACAAAGUGCAUCUCAAUGACAACGACAUCAUGCCUGGUUCAGAACCUUCGGCGGAGCUUUUGAUGACCAUAAGUCGCUCCCGACGUCUCAUUGUGUUGCUGUCUCACGCGUACCUGGAGCAGGACUGGUGCACCGGCAACUUCAGACAGGGCCUGCUGCACCUGUUGGAGCUGUGCCGGCAGCCCAUCGUCAUCAUGCUGGAAGGGCAGCUCAAGCGCAUGAGCGCUGAAAUCAGGCAGCAGCUCAGUGAGCACCAACACUCUCUCACCCUACUCACAUGGAGGCACAACUCUGUGACUCCCUCCUCGGCGUUUUGGAAGGAGCUGGCCUUAGCCAUGCCUCGCAGGGUUGUCUUCCACAGCCAGGCGAAGGGAGACCCUCAGACGGUCCUACAGGAUGACAAAGACCCCAUGCUGACCCUUGACCCCGACUAUCUGGACUGCCACUCUGACACAGACCCUGCUGGAGACCUCGGCGUGCGGCUCCCCGUGUACAAAGCGAUGACCUCCAAGGCCCCGAUCCUUCCCGUUGUAUCCAGCAGUGAGCGAGAACCAAAAAACCCAGACAUAGACGUGUCAGACCUGGGAGCACGCAAUUACGGAACACGCUCCGAUUUUUACUGCCUUGUCACAAAAGAGGACAUCUGAACACAUACAAUACACUUACCUCUGAUGAACCUAAUUAUCAAGCGUCAAGCUCUACUUUUACUGUGUCAUGUUUUUUGUGCGUUGGUUAAAUCUGAAUGUGCCUCAUGUUGCUUUAAAUUUGUUGAUUUAAAAGCAGUGUUU